GUUGUUCUCUAUCUUCUCCUUAACAGGUGCACUUGACUGAGAGAGAAAGGCAGAAACUGCAGGUGUGGUCUCGAAUUAUGCCUUACAGAGAAUCCUUCACCUGGGUUAUUGUUCCUUUAUUUGAUAAUAGCAUUGGUGGAGCUUCUGGUGGAUCUGCUUCUCCUAGUUGCCAUCUUGCUGCCAGCAGGUCUGGGUCUAGUUCCCAUGGGGGUGUCCUUGAGUCUGUUGCAAAGAUUACAUUAGAUGGGAAGAUGAGUUAUUCAAGCGGAAGCUCUAUUGUUGUUGAAAUAUCUAACUUGCAUAAAGUGAAAGAAAGGUAUACUGAGGAGUCACUUCAGGUAUGUUCAUGGAGUCAUCCUGUGCCAAUGCCAAUAGGAGAAGAUGAGGACGAGGUAGAGGGUAGGGGAGGCUAUGGAAAAUGGGCUUUCUUAACCUUAGAAGAUGUGGUUGAGGAGAUCAUUGGAGAAAUCUUGGAUGAAAAUGAUUCAAAGGAACAUCAGUGUGAGACCGUAUCUGGUUUUGUAUGCGAAGUAUUUGGAUACAUCCCUGGGGCUGGUGAGAGCAUCAAAGUUUCCUCAAAAGGGAUAAUCAAGAUGAAGAUGGAUCUGGUUAUCAAGAUUUAAAGGAAAGGCAUCAAAUAUAUAGACUUGAGGUAGGGUAAAAGAAUCGAAUGGAUUUCAGUAGAAAAAACUAAGAAAAUGAAUGUAGUUAGCAAUCAUGCAAUCUCUUGACUCUCUUCCACAUAUAACUUUCUGAAAUCAAUGCUAUUAUGGGGGGCAUGCAUUUGUUCAUAUGGGAAUCUGCUUUUAUGUGGUUCAUCCUAUGAGAUGCUUCAUUUGGUGGCUCAGUUUGCUAAAAGAAACUUAGCAACUGAUAAUAAUAAUUCAUAUGCUUCGUUCUUGUGUAACAUUCAAGUUUAAACAUUUUUUUCUGGAAAAUAAAUUAUCCAGGUGAUA